AUGGCGAGGCGCGAGCUAUCACUAGACAUCAAUCAAGCUUUUCGCACUGCCAAGGCGUUCAAAGGUAUCAAUGAACUAUUGAAGCAGAUACCAACGAAAAAUGGUCGGUCGGGGAAGAAAAACGAUGAUGUUGACACCGGCGGUUACGGGGACCACAGUGGCGGGCAAAGUCACAGGAAACGUCGAGGCUCAGGAACAGGUUGUCCUCAGGAAGAUGACAAACGCCCUCGCGGAGGUGAUGGUGGUGUGCCACAUAACAAGGGACAAGGAGUCGCCAAACAGGGUCAUAAAAAGAAUGUCCUCUGCCGAAAAUAUCGUUCGAGGUCCGUAGGAUACUCGGAUGCUGAGGAGCCUCACAUAUUCGAAUGGAAAAGUGAAUCCCGCUCCUCCCUUAAGGCGUUGUCUUUCGUCGGUACCACCAUCCGACUACUACGGCCAAUCGCAGAACGAUAUCGGAGAUUGUCUCGAAAAGCCGGGAGAGGUGGUGUUUUUGGAAGAUUGUGA